AUGAACCCACAAAGAAUUAUUGAACUUCAAAAGAGAUACCAAACUACUCCAAAACCAUUGUAUUUGAGAGGAGCUAAAUCAGCUAUGUUGGUGUACCCAUUUUACGCCCUUUUUGCCGUUAGCACCGCCGUCCCAUUGUUUUACGCUGGAAGAGCUAUUUGUGGUAUUAAAGAGAAGUCUUAA